AUGGGGACAGGGUGGCGGAGGGCGCUGUGCACGUCGGUCCAGUGGGACGACGACCGGGAUGACCGCGACGCCAAGAACAAGAAGCGCCGGCCGCAGCACGACGCGCCCAGCCCACGCAGCACCAGCGGCGGCGGCUUCUUCUCCGCCGUCAAGAGCGGCAGCAACCCGUCCACGCCCACCCUCCGCUGCCGCACCAGGCCGCUGCAGCAGCCGGCGGACCCCGCCCCCGUGACGCCGCCGCCCUCCGCGCCGGCGCCCGCGCGGAAGCACCGCGUGCCGCUCUUCCAGGCGCUGUCGGCGCCGCCCUCGCCCAGAUCCCCUUCCAGAUUCGCGCUGCUCAAGGCGUCGCUGCUCCCGUCCAAGUCCCGGUGUGGCGUGUGCUCGCGCGGCGUCAAGAGCGGCGGCAGCUCGGCGGUGUUCACGGCCGAGUGCUCCCACGCCUUCCACUUCCCCUGCAUCGCCGCCCGCGCGCGCCUCCUCCUCCGCCAACGGCGUCCUGUCCUGCCCGUCUGCGCCUCGCCGUGGCGCCAGGCGCCGUUCCUCGCCUCCCUCCGCCUUCACUGCUCCUUCCACGAAGACGCGCAGAGCAAACACCGAGGCGGCGGCGGCGACGGCCGCAAGACGCCGCCGCCCGCCUCCGCCGCCGCUACCGGUGGUGGUGGCCCCAAGCUCUACGACGACGACGAGCCGCUGCUGGCGCCAAGGCCGCGGCCAACGGCGGCGGCUUCAACCCGAUCCCGGAGGCCGACGAGGACGACGACGAGGAGCAGGGCGCUGCCGAGUUCAGGGGCUUCUUCCCGCGGCCCAGCACCACGUCGGCCUGGCCGUCACCGUGGCGCCCGAGGCCGCGCUCGUGUCCUCGGGCCGGCGCCACGGCAAGUACGUGGUGGCCGUCAAGGUCAAGGCGCCCGGGCUGCGCUCCUCGUCGGCGGCCCCGCGGCGCGCGCCUAUCGACCUGGUCACCGUGCUGGACGUCAGCCAGGGCAUGAUGGGCGAGAAGCUGCAGAUGCUCAAGCGCGGAUGCGCCUCGUCGUCGCCUCCUCGGCCCCGCCGACCGCCUCUCCAUCGUCGCGUUCUCCGGCGCCGCCAAGCGCCUGCUGCCGCUGCGCCGGAUGA